UCCUAUGCUAGAAUCAAGGGAAAAAAAAAAAAAAAGAUUUAGAUUAGAUUCAAAGACAGGAUCUAGAGUCUAGUCUAGAUCUAGACAUCUAUAUUCAAAUAUCAGUUAUAAAAAAUACAUUAUUGGUAGACUUUAUGAUAGACUAAAAACACACUGAUACUAUGAUGUACUUUGAUGAUGAGCUCAGAUACUAAAGAUAUUUUACCUACAAAAUUUGUUGUCCCUCCAUCAUCUCAUCUCAGAUGUCCUAUUUGUGGUGGGCUUUAUCAUGACCCAGUCAUCAAUAUCAAGUGUGGGCAUACUUUUUGUAAAAACUGUGCAUUCAUCACUACUUACUGCCCAUUGGAUAAGUCCCAUUGUGAUACCAGCCAACUUGUUGUCAACAGAUUAGUUGUUGGUCAGAUAGAGGAUUUACAAAUUUACUGUUGCCAUGGGUUAAAGAAGAAAGAAGAUGGAGAUUUUGAACUUGUUCCUGGGUCCUGUGCAGAAAUUUUAAACUAUUGCAAACGUGUUGAGCAUGAGAGUGCAUGUCCUUAUGCUCUUGUCCCGUGCCCCAAUUCCAAACUGUGCAGCCAUGUACCAAGAAAAGAUUUAGAGAGUCAUCUUAGCAACUGUGUCAAUCUUUCUUGCCCUUAUUUCAAACAAGGAUGCACAUUCCAGAGCAACAAGGUGAACAUGGUCGAUCACAGCAAGCAAUGUGCAUUUAAAGAAAGUGGUAAGCCUAACAAUCACCUGGCACAGAAAAUUCAAGAGUUGGAACUUAUGGUGCUGAAUGUUCAAAGUGAAAAUGCUAUGUUAGCCUCUAAAGUAGUUGCACUGGAAGAAGAAAAAAAUCAUAUGGCUUCACAGCUAGAAAAAAACUGGAAUUUUAUACAGACUUUGCAUAAAAAAUUAGAAACGCUUAGUUUAAAAAUUGAUCAGUUGAAAGAACCAUCCACUCCUAAACGACCAACUUCUGGUGUAUUAGAUGGAGUUAGCAGUCCACUCAUUUCCAGCAUCAAUCCAUUAACUUCAACAAGAGCAUCCAAUUCUGGCAAAUACUUAGAAAAGUGGGAGAUGCCCUUUCAGUUUAAAUGUAUAGGCACACUCCGGGGUCAUAAAGAUGUGGUAUGGGCAUUGACCACUAGGAAAGGUAAACUGUACAGUGGUGGUGCUGAUGGAAUCAUAAAAAUAUGGAGUUUGGAACAACUGGCUGUAGGGUGUAUCACCAACAUCAAUGCUCAUAGAGGAAUUAUUUGUACAUUGACUUCAUGGGCCAACACUGUUAUUUCAGCUGGUGCUGACAUGUCCAUUAAGUUUUGGGAUGUUGACACAUAUGAACUCAAGUCAGUCAUAGAGAAUGCUCAGGACAACACAAUUUGUUCUUUAUUAAUUUGUGAAGGAUUCUUGUUUUCUUCAUCAUUUUCUGACAUCAAGGUCUGGGACCUUAAAACAUUGGCACAUAAAGUAACAAUAGAAGGGGCCAAGCACUGGGUUAGGGCUUUAGCUCUUAGUGAAAAUAAAGAUAAACUCUAUAGUGGUUCCCAUAAUGCAAUCAAUGUCUGGGAAACCAGUGAAAAUUUUCAGCAGUUGGCAACAAUUGAAAGGGAAUUUGGAUCUGUGUAUUCUCUAGUGGUGAGCAAAGAUUACAUUAUCGCAGGUACUUCAGGUACUUAUAACCAAAACAUUCACAUUUUCAACAUUGAUACCCAUGAAUUUGUCUUGAACCUAUGUGGACACCUGGGCACUGUCACCACUCUAGUCAUCUCCCCAUCAGGACGUUUCUUGUUUUCAGCAUCCCAUGAUUCCAAUAUACAGAUGUGGGGUUUAGAGAAACUGUUACCCAUACAGACAUUGUCAAGGCAUCAAGGAAGUGUAAACGCCCUGACUCUUCAUGGAGACUUUCUAUUGUCUGGCUCAGAGGACCAUGAGAUUAAGGUAUUUAGGUAUUUUCCUCUGCAAUAAGUUCCAACUGUUAAAUGGCAUCAUGUGAAGUGAAAUGUCAUCAUUCUGGACAAAGACUUCAUACUGGUUGUAAAAUCAUAGAGCACAUUGCUUUUAAGUUAGAGAAAGUAAAACUUCAACAAGAUUUGUUUCAUUUUAAUGCAUUGUAUCUGUAUAGGACUUGCUCUAUAUGACAACUUAAUAUUAUAGAGUAAUGAACUAGAAAGAAUGCAGGCAACAUUUAGUAUGAUACUAACUUAAAGCUGCUAUUACUACAAAGUGUUUUUGUAUCUACCGGUACUCUAUUUUUAUUACUUUGUUACAACUGAAAAUGACUUAUCAUUUCCAAGUUGUAUCUUCUACUGUUGAUUUUAAAUCUGCCAUCUCAAUUGAUGGCAUUACAUUUAUUCCUGGUGCUUUCCUGAGAUUUCAUUUCUGUUACUGUUAUCAAUAUUAAUGCUUUUUAAAUCAGAGCUAUUUAUUUGUUACAUUUUUUACUGUAUGUGCUAAUAAUUUGUUGUACAAUUUUGUUGAUCUGAAAUCUAAAAAAAUGUUUCUGGGUCUAUUAUUGAUAAAGGUAAUAGAUCUAAUUUUAUUGUAAUUUUUGUACUUCAGCAUUUUACACCAUGUUAAUAUAAAAUGCAUUUCAAUAGACAUAGUUAAGGUUUUAUUAAGUUCUGUAGUUGCGUUAAUAAUCAAAUAUCUUCUUCCCAAGGCCUUAACUUAACUGAAAUUAUAUUUCUGCAGUCUAUCUGUAAUAUAGGUUCUAGCCUAAUAAGAAGAUGCUUUGUCUUAACAGUAAACCAGUAUUACUGACUUUUUCAUUAAUUUGUUAUGACAAAUCUUAGUUGACUAAUAAUAUUGCCUUACACAAGUUUUUGACAUUUUUUAUCUUGUCAUAAUGCUGGUAUAUUAAAAUAUUAUUCCUUUACUGUUCUUUCAUCAUAUACAUUCCUUCAGUUUCUCUGUGGCAGCCACAUUGUUAGACUUUAUUUUGGAAAAUACAAGCAUUUUUUUUUAAUUUUUUUUUGCAAGACCAUUAUCUUACUUGUAUUGGGUCAUAUUUCAACUGUCAACAAUUGCUGUGCACAGACCAAUUCAUUGGUGAAAUAGAUAUGAAUCCUAAAUGUUGCUUAGUGUGAAUUCUUUUGUAAGAAUUAAGAAGUUAGCUCCAUAAAUGCCAUAUUUUUAAUGCUGAUGAAUAUAUUUCUGACACUGACACAUUAAUUGAAUCAUUUUGAAAACACAAUUUUGCUGAGUAAAUGGGAUAAAUUUAGAGCAGAGAAAUGCAAAGGUCACACUCAUCCCAGCAUAAAUCUUGAGCACCUUCCAUUUAGCUAAUAACAAAACAAGAUGUUAUUAUGAAUCAAUUGUUUAAUUAUGAAUCAAUUGUUUAAAGUUUUAUAAAGUUCAAGAAAUACUUGUUUGUUUUGCUUUCUCCCUACACUCAGUAAUAGAUAGUACACAAGUAGCACUAUAAUGAGCAUAUAUAAAUAUGUACUCUUUUAUGCAAAUCUGCAUAAUGUUCCAAAGUAUUUGAUUCCAUUCAUUUUGCAUAAACCUACACAAACAUCAGCAUAGUCAUAACUUUGUGAUUGUUUAAAAAGAAAACCUAUAUGAAAUUGUGAUGAUGAUGAUGUAUGUAUUUCGUGUCAGUUUUACUGCAAGACCCAUUCGACUUGUGAUCUAUGUCUUAACUAUGUUCUUAUUACCUAUGAUUAAAUGAAAGAAAUAAAAUGCAUUGUUAAUUUUUUAAAC